CACAGAUGCCACUAGUGGUCAGCGCUGGAAGUGUACUCUCUCUCCACUUCCGCAGUUGCGCCGCAUGUCGAGCUCUUCAUUCUCGUCCACUUCAAGCCACGUGAGCGCCAGCGGUUCCGCGACAGCGAACGACUGCGCUUGGGAGCAGGUGACGGCCAAAGAUUCAUGCUACACCCAGCCUCGCUCCUGCUACAACUGCCUAAACAGCCGACUGAGCAGUGGCCAGGAAUGCGUGUUGACUCCGUUUGGACUUUGCGAGAGCAGCUCGGCCUAUGAUUACACAAAGGACUAUCGCCGUCCUCAAUCCGCCUCCACAUACCCAAUCCACUACAAUUACUUCCCAGAGGUAAACACAACGUACUGCGAACCCGACGACUCGGUCUGCAGUUCUUGUCAAGAAACAACAUUCACAGUCGGGAAUAAUAAUCCGUCCGUGUAUUGCACGGGCACCAGUGACUGUGUCUGCAUAGCAACCUGCGAGUCUGAAUCCUGGUGGAAUGACACGCUAGCGAGACUUGCAGCUCUGCUGAGGGAGAACAACCAGACCACGACGUGUCCUCUAGCUGCCAGUUCAUCAUCAACAUUGGCAACAGAUAUCUCAGCUUCCAGUAAUUUAACCAAACCAGCUACCAAAGAUACGUACGCAGCCGAUGACGAGUGUAUGUGGUACCAGAACUCGACACUGUGUGAGACUCCGCGGACGUGUUAUGAUUGUCUGAACACGGCACUGUACAGUGGACAGAAGUGCGCUAUCACUCCAGGAGGAUACUGCACAACGAUCGAGGCAUUCGACUUCGCACUGGACUAUCGACGGGUGCACUCGGACAGCGCGGCACACUUUUUUCCGUCGACCAAUACGACCUACUGUGAAGACGACGACGUCGCGUGUGCGAAAUGCCGUGCUGAAAGCUUUGUUGGCGCUUAUUCGGGCAAGACGAACCUGUCUGCGUAUUGCACUGGUGCGAGUGACUGUGUUUGUGUGGCUUUUUGUGAGUCACCGAACUGGAAAUCGAUUGUGGUGGAGGAAGCAUGUGAAGCCAUCCCGACAGCAAAUAGUAAUAGUGGCUCCAGCAUCCCGUCGAUUGCUAUUGCGGAUAUUAUUGUGGUGGGCCUUUUACUCGCUAUGUCGGCAAUUUUCCAGCUCUGCAACAUGUUUCGUGUUCGUCGAAGGGAAGUUCGCUGGCAUAAUAUGUUGGCGCAAAGUAUUGCAGAACGGCGGCGACCACCCACGGGACUUACGUUAGAGUUGUCAGCGUGGAAGGAAAUGCACAACGGACUCAUCGCCGACGAACGCAACGACGAGAAUGAAGGUCGACUCGCUGACGUCCCAGACGAUGCUCCAAUGGUCACGGUCGAGGAAGGUGGUGGGUACCGCCCCAUGUCUCCCAGUGUCCCCGUGCUUCCUGCUGCUCCACCGUCUCCAAAUCGAUCUUCGUCAACGCCAACACUCUCCCAGACCCAACGUGUUUCGAUUUAA